GCAAAACCACCGUCGUCAAAAUUCUCCCAUCAGAUGAUCACCGAUCGUAAUCAUCCGCGCCUGCGCACCUUGGGCGAAAACGGAUUUUCUCCAGCUUCGAAUUGAGCAAAACGGAAAAGCCAGACCUUUUUGGCCCUCGUUCUUCCGGCGAUUCGCAGGGGAGGGGGGCGGCGACGGAGCUCUGAUUCGCCAUGUUCGCCAAGCGGUUGUUGCAGAAGGCCGCGCAGCAGCUUCAGCAGCAGCAGCAGCAGCUGCAUCAGCAGCUGCACCAGCAGCAUCGGCGCCGCAGCGAUCACGGAGAAGAAGAGCCAGAGACGCAAGCUCCUCAGAUUAAUGUGCCACUCGGAGGCUUGACAUCUAUGGAUUUGGAUCCUCGUGUUACAGUUCACUAUGGCAUUCCUUCUACUUCAUCUAUUAUGGCUCUCGAUCCCAUUCAGAGCCUUUUGGCAAUAGGAACUUUGGAUGGUCGGAUCAAAGUGAUUGGGGGUGAUAAUAUGGAAGCUUUAUUUGUAUCUGCAAAGCAGUUGCCAUUUAAGCACUUAGAGUUCCUGCAAAAUCAAGGUUUCCUAGUCAGUAUAUCCACUGACAACGACAUACAGGUUUGGGACAUAAAGUAUAGGAAUGUUGCUUGUACUUUACAGUGGGAAUCAAAUAUAACUGCCUUUUCAGUGAUUCGGGGGACUGGAUACAUGUAUAUUGGGGAUGAGAACGGUAUGGUGUUUGUGCUACAAUGUAAUGCAGGCCAAAGACAGAUUGUUCAACUUCCUUACCUUAUUCCAGCAGAUUCAGUCGCCGAAGCAGCUGCAAUUUCUGUGCCUCAUCAUCAGUCUGUUGUGGGGGUUCUUACACAACCUCGUUCCCUAGGAAAUAGGCUGUUAAUUGCAUAUGACAAUGGGUUGAUUGUACUCUGGGAUAUUUCUGCAAAUCAGGCUGUCUUAGUGAGAGGCCAAAAAGAUCUCCAAUUGAAAGAGGAAACAGUGAUCACCUUGCCAAAAGUAGCAAGAAAUGAGCUUUCCGAGGAUAUCUCUGACAGUGAACAGAUGGACAAAGAGAUAAGCUCUCUUUGUUGGCUCUCUGCGGAUGGGUCUGUUCUGGCUGUUGGUUAUGUCGAUGGGGAUAUAUUGUUGUGGAACAUGUCUACAGCUGUCUCCAGAAAUCAGCAUGGUGGAAAAGUGUCUAAUGAUGUUGUUAAGCUUCAGAUAGCAUCUGGUGACAGAAGACUUCCGGUCAUUGUGUUACACUGGUCUGCCAGUAGAUCUCGGAAUGGUCAUGGCGGCCAACUUUUUGUCUAUGGCGGUGAUGAAAUCGGUUCAGAAGAAGUGUUGACGAUUCUGAGUCUUAAAUGGGCUUCUGGGAUUGAAGAAGUGAAAUGCAUUGGCCGUGUGGACCUCAGGCUUAAUGGUUCUUAUGCUGAUAUGGUGUUGUUACCUACUUCAAGUCCAAUUGGUGGAUUUUACACUGUGUCCCUCAUUGUAUUAACGAAUCCAGGACAACUGCAUGUCUAUGAUGAAGGCUGUCUCUCUGCCUUAAUGUCUCAGCAGGACACAAAAGCUACUGUUUCUCCAUUGCCAUAUCCAAUGGUCAUACCUACUGUGGAACCACAAAUGACUGUGAGUCACCUUGGUUUUGUACAUGCUGAUGGGACGUUUUCUGGAGAUUUUUCAAAGAUAGUUGCAGCUGCAAAACAUCACCUGAAGAACAAUGUUCCAACCGGCCAUACUGAGUGGCCUUUAACCGGCGGGGUCCCUAGUCGACUUCGCCUUUCAGAAGUGAAUCAAGUUGAGAGGAUCUAUGUAGCAGGUUAUCGAGAUGGAUCGGUUCGAAUGUGGGACGCAACAUGUCCAACUCUGUCACCGAUCUAUGUUCUAGAUCCGCGGGUGCAAGAUAUCAUGAUUUCGGGUGCAAAUGCAGCAGUGUCUGCCAUAGAUUUUUGCUCAACCACUUUAAGUUUGGCUGUCGGAAAUGAGUGCGGUCUUGUUUUUCUGUACAAGUUGAUUAAUAGUUCAGAAGAAACAACCCUGCACAUUGUGACAGAAACAGAGAAUAAAGUUCAAAAUUUAGUCCAAGAGGAUGGGCCACAGUGCAUAGCUAUAUUUUCUUUGCUCAAUUCUCCCAUUGGCACUCUAAAAUUUGGAAAUUCUGGAACCAAGCUUGUUGUUGGAUCUGAAUGUGGCCAGGUGGCAGUGUUUGAUGCUAGUACUAUGUCAGUUCUGUAUGUCACGGACAGGGCAUCAGACUCAAGUUCCCCAGUCAUUUCUCUAGUUGUGAGUUCGUUUGCAGAAUGUAGCAAUUUGGUAAAUGGUCCAAGUGAAUCUGAAUGCGGAGGUCUAAGAAAUCCUGAAGAGCCACCAAUAUUCAUAUUGACUAAAAAUGCCCAUGUUGCAAUCUUGGAUAGUUCCAACGGUGAUAUCAUCGGCUCUCAGUCCUUCCACUCUGGAAAUAACCACACUGCUAUAUCUCUGCAUAUAAUAGAAAGCAGUGAUCUUGUUUCUGAGGUCUCUCUUGACUCUCAUCCGGUGAACUUGUCAGAGGAAGGUGAAGCCAAAGAGGGAAAUGCCGGUUCUAAGUUUGACCAGGGAAGUAAUCCCCUAAUAUCUGAAUCAGCGGCCUGCUCUCAAGCUACCCCUCUUGGACUGGGACCAAAAUUGUUUGUUUUACUCUGCUGUGAAGAUAUGAUAAGCUUACAUCCUUUGACAUCUGCUACUGAGAUUGACAAUAACUUCAUUCAACAAGUCAACCUCGUAAAACCAUGUUGUUGGACAACAGUCCUGAAAAUAGAUGAGAAGGAUUCUGGAUUAGUAAUAGUUUAUCAGACUGGAGACAUUGAAAUAAGGUCUUUGUUAACUUUGGAAGUGGUGGCAGAAAGCUCUUUGAUGUCCAUUCUGAGGUGGAACUUUAAGACCAACAUGGAUAAAAUGAUGUCCCCCUGUGGCAAUGGGAAAAUUGCCCUGGUCAACGGUUGUGAGUUUGCAUUCAUAUCUUUAUCAGCCCAUGAAAAUGACUGGAGGAUUCCUGAUUCCUUGCCUUGCCUCCAUGACGAAGUCGUCGCAGCUGCUGUAGGUGCAAGCACAAAUUUGUCUCCAAAUGAGAAGAAACUGCAGCUGCAGGAAACUGCCGGUCAGGGGGCUUCUGGCGGAAUCAUCAAGGGCUUCAAAGCGGGUGAAGUUGACGAUAAUUCGUAUUUUAGUGAAGCGGGUUCAAAUAAUCCUUCGCUUCUCGAAAGCAUAUUUUCUGAGCCUCUAAUGUUGAAGACUUCCAUUCCAAAUCCAACCGAUCAUGAUGAAGUCAUUGAGCUUAGUAUAGAUGAUAUUGAAAUUGAUGAACCUGUGACUGUCUCAUCAUCAUCUCAUCAAACCAAGCAUGAUGAAAGUGAAAGAAAGGGGGAGAGGGAAAGAUUAUUUGAGGGUGCUAGUACUGAUACAAACCCAAGACCCAGAACUCGUGAAGAAAUUAUUGCCAAAUAUAGGAAAACAGGGGAUGCCUCUUCAGCAGCAUCACAAGCUCGGGAUAAACUUGUCCAACGCCAAGAGAAACUUGAGAGGAUUAGCAGACGAACUGAAGAGCUGCAGAGUGGAGCUGAAGACUUUGCCUCCAUGGCGAGUGAACUCGCAAAGAGAAUGGAAAACCGCAAAUGGUGGAAUAUGUUCUAAAUGGCGGAGUAUUAAUUUUUGUUUUGCACCAACCGAUACCUACUGCAAUCUUAGUUGUCCUGGACUUUUUUUUUUUUUAUAGCCAGCACGUGCGAAGCCGUAUUGUUUAUAGGCACUACAGUUUCCCUCCAUGCAUGUACAGUAUAAGAACACAAACAGGGGGAAACGGGGAAUAACUUUGGUUAAAGUAUGUCAUUUAUGAAAUCCUUGCAUCAAUAAAAAAAGAGGAU